AUGGACGAUAUCAUUCAAGAAAAUCAGUGGAUCAUAAUCAAACUGCCUUCCGGAAACCAUAAAGUAUUUACUUUAAAAGCUAAUGAAAAAGUGGAUCUUGGAAAGUUUGGUAGUUUCCAAAGCAAUGACUUGAUUGGAAAGUAUCAACUUGUCCCUUAUGAGAUUUAUGGAGAUAAUAAAAUCCGACGAGUUAAAAAUCUUGAUUCAUUGCAAGAAUUUGAUCUUGGCCAAAAUAUGGAAUUAGCAUCAAACCAAAUGAUUAUGGACGAUCCAGCAUCUCAAAAACUGUCACAAAAAGAGAUUGAAGAGCUUAAAGUAAAGAGUCUUCAAGGAACUGUAGACCAUGAUUCUUUGAUCAGAAGUUUGGUGGAAAACAAUAGUGCUUUUGAUAAAAAAACAGAGUUUUCCAAGGUAAAAUACAUUAAAAAAAAGCAACGAAAAUUUUCAAAAGUGUUUACUCCAAUUAAGCCCACCGCAAGAGUAUUUUGCGAUAUAUAUCUCGAAAAAAAUCCCGAAAAAACUAGAGAAAUACGAAUAGACACUCUUUCACAAAUGCUUACACUUGCCAAUGUAAAAGCCGGGUCCAGUUUCUUGGUUGUAGAUGAUAUGUCUGGCUUGCUUGUAGGAGCUAUGCUUGAGAAAAUGCAAGGACAUGGAAAAAUAACAGUACUGCACGACAAAGACUCGGCAGUGCUAAAUCUUGUUAACAUGAUGAACUUUCCUUCCGAGGUUUCCAACACUGUCUAUACACUCCCAUGGUUUCAUCUUGACGCUCUUCCAGAAUAUACUAAGCCUUUGAAUCCAGAAGCUGUUUUGCGCUCCACAGAAAAACGUAGUCAAGUCGAAAAUGUAUUUGAAUGCAUCCACCGCGGUGGAUUUGAUGGCUUGCUGGUUGCUUCUCGUUUUGAUGCCCACGAAAUUGUCAAGAAAUUGGAAGGGUAUUUAGCUCCUUCCAAGCCAAUGGUGGUAUAUUCCCCAUACAAGGAGUCUCUACUUAAUGCGUACAAUUACGUUCGUCUAUCCCGUCGGUUCGUUAAUACACAGCUGACCGAAAGCUGGCUUCGUGAAUACCAAGUACCCUCCAAUUCUGGAACACAUCCAAUGAUGACCACCUCUGGCAGUGGAGGAUAUUUAUUCAACUCAACAGUUGUGACCGACGAUGGUGUCAAGCUAAACAAAACUGGAGUCAGUCGAUCUGGCACAGGAGACUUGGCAGGAGCUCAAAAGCGUCAUAAACCCAACAAUCCCACUCCUGAAAAUGAAUAAGAUAAACUUUCAUGUAGUUUCACCUCGAGUCUACUGGUUUUGUAAAUAUAUAUAAAGCAUACCAACAUAUUUUCAA